UUUGCUUUGAACAUCGUCCCCCUGUCUCCUCUUUCUUCUCCCCCCUCUCCCAACUUUUUCCUCUUGCCAAACGCGGCAUAAACGAAAGCUAAUCCGAUCCAAUCCAGUGUCGUGACCACCUGAACCGUUCGUCAAAGCAAACAAACGUCAUUCUUUCGCACGAAGCAAAACCGUCAAGUCAAUCGGCGUUUUCUUCUUGAAUCCUCAACCUCAUAUAAAGCAAAACGCUUUUGAACUCUCUCUCUCUCUCUUUGCAUUUCUCCGAAGCCCCCCCUUCAACUUCGCUCUCACAUUCCAAGCUCUCUCCCUCGCGUUUCUUCGAAGCAUUCAGUAACCUUCCCAAGUUGCCAUCUCUCUGCCUCUCUAUAAGCGCUUAAAUUUGCAUUUUGCUUUGUGAGGAAUCGGAGAGGAUUACAGGGAAAGAGAGGUGAGCUCAGUGCAUGACGAGCGCGUCGGAGCUAUUCUACACCAGGAGGUCUCGCUUGGGCCGGAGCGAUCCGGAUCUAGGGUUCGAUCGGAGUUCUCAGUAUAGCCAUAGUAAUCGUCGCCAUCAUUGCAAUUCUCACGCUCCUCAUCAUCAUCGACGUGAUUUGGGCGGCGGCGAUCCUCUCCGGCGAUCCCCGCACGUGUCGCAUCACGCGGAGCGUGCAUCAGUUCGACUUGACCAAAGUACGAGUCAGUUUGUUUCAAGCAACAGUGCCAACACAGAAAAUUUAAGUAGGCCAAGAUUGACUGAGAAUGAAAGGCUUCCUGGGGCUGUGGUACUUGCAAGGGCAAGGCUUCUGGAGAGGUUGAGAGGGGUGCCUCUUUCUGGAAACAGGGGAAGCAGUAGACCUUCAUCUUACAUUUCUCGUGCUGAAUCAUUACUUGAAGAUGAUAUAAGAGGGCUGGUUGAGGUAGUUCGGGACGCGAGGACUCAAAUCUCGACAGGUCAGCCUGGAAGCUCAAUCAUUACUGAUUUGACCUCCCAAAUUGAGAGGCUGCAACUAUUGCAAGAAUCAAAGAAGAAGCCACCCGGUCUCACUCAGGAGGCUCUGGACUGUUUACGCGUGGAGGUUUUUAGCAGCCCGGUUGAAGGAGCAGCGCCAAGAGCUUCACAGGAUUGUAGUAUAUGUCUGGAGACUCUCUUGGAGGGAGAUGAGCUUGUACGCUUGCCAUGCGGGCAUAGAUUUCACUCCGCCUGCUUGGAUCCCUGGGUCCGAACUUGCGGAGACUGCCCAUAUUGCCGUAGAGGUAUUGUUGUAAAGAAGAUGUAGAUUUUACAAAGGUGUUUUUACUUACACUCGUGAAAGUUUUGGUAUUUUGACUAAACCAUACUGUAUUUGUAUCUACUGUUUUGUUGUACACGGGGAAAAUUUCCUGAGUUUUGAAUCCAUGUUUUACAUACAUAACUCAAGUAAAAAUCUUGUUUAAUUUUGUUGAA